CUGGUGGUGUUUCGAAGGCAAUAAUUAAGGAUCAUGUCAAACGUAAAAGAAAGACUACCCGAGUUUUUGGAAACAGUAACCAAUGAUCUUCACAGAUGCAUCAAGUUCUGGUUGGACCAUUCACACGAUUCUGAACACGGUACCACGAGUGCCCCCGCCUGCUUCGUGCCCCCGCCCGCUUCCGACCCUGGGUGGGCUGCUGGUGAUCUCUUGCACUUGCCAGGGCUGGCAUCAGUCAACAUUAGUGCACGGGAGUUUCGCGUUGCGUACAUCGGGUCACGGAUGGUGUACGGGGACGCAGACUCUAAGAAGAGGACGAGAAGAGGAGGAAGGAAGAAGGAACGUGCGCUAGGGGCGGCUCAGGGGAGACCAAAGCGGGCGGCGGUCCCUUCUGCGUCGCCGCCCCCCACUACUUCGCCGAAGAGGAAGACGAGCCACCGGCUGAGACGCCCUCUGACACUAAGUACGGCUUGCUGGACACCGCCAUGGCCCAGUCGCCGCCGCCGUCUCCAGUCUCUACGUCUACGACCAUGCCUGCUCCGAUGCAGCGGUAGACUUUACAGGCCGCUCCCAUUGAGCCGCAUGUGGAUGUUGUUGGUGCGACCAUUACCAGACGAAUGCUACUAUGAGCUCCACACAAUCAGGCUACAAGAGAACAGGAGGGGACUCAUCGUGACCCAACGGCGCCAGAAGAUCUACCGCCAAGCGAUUCUACUGACAGAAAUGGACAACAACACUAUCCAUCGAAUCGUCACGACAAUCUGCGGCGCCGGCUACGAAGUUGUCCUCAAAGACUUGGUCACAAGACGUCAGCUGCUUCCGUCCCUGCGUGUGACACCGGUCCUCAGCUCGCCGGGAUUUUUCUCGUGUCUGUGUGAAGAUGGCAAAAUAUAUGAUGAAAACAAAUAUGGCUGGCUGCUCAGCAGACAGGUGUGGACGUACGCCAGAAUCUACAAUGAGGUAGAGGGUUAUCAAAAAGAGGACAUAUUAACUGCAGCAAAACAAGGUGGUGAUUUCAUUAUGAAAUUUGUGAAAGAUCCGAAAUCUAUGAGGUGUUGUCUUAGCCUGACUAGAGACGGGAAGACUAUCAAAAUCCAGAAAACAAUCUUCUCGGAGUGUUUUUACGCGAUGGCCAUGUCGGAGCUUUACAAGGCUACUAAAACACAGAUAUACAAGGACGAAGCAAUAAACAUUUUUGAAAAAAUCAUCUUCUGGGUACAGCAAGACGACAGCGAAUUAACAGGUCCCAAGUUACCUGGACACGAACCCAUAAACCAACUGGCAGUUCCCAUGAUGCUCUUUUGCGUUAAUGGCCAAAUGGAAUCAAUGGACUCCUCCUUGUCCUCAACAUGUGCCGCGACUGCAGACUGGUGUAUUAAACAGAUCCUGCCUCACGUCCAGCGUAAUGGAACAGCUGUCUUGGAAAACGUGUCACUAGUUGGAACCGAGUUGACAGGAAGCGCGGGUCGCCUUAUGAACCCAGGUCAUGCCAUUGAAGCUGGUUGGUUUCUUCUGAAGCACGCCGUUAAAACGAACGACGAACAACUGAAAACUACAGCAAUCAACAAGUUUAUGGUGAACUCCUUCGAUCGAGGCUGGGACGAAAAGCACGGCGGGAUCGUCUAUUUUGUCGAUGUUGAAGGGUUGUCCCCUACUCAGCUAGAAUGGGACAUGAAACUCUGGUGGCCGCACAAUGAGGCUCUCAUUUCGUUCCUGAUGCCGUACAAAGAGACAGGCGAUAUUGAACAUUUGCAGAGAUUUGCCAAGGUUUUAGACUGGAGCUACUCACACUUUGUAGACUAUGUUAACGGCGAAUGGCAUGGGUACCUUAAUCGACAAGGACAAGUCACACACAAUUUCAAGGGAGGACCGUGGAAAGGAUGCUUUCAUGUCCCAAGGUGCUUGAUGAUGUGCCAGAAAAUGCUACAAGAACUUCAGUAGGGUGACCACAGACAAUGUAUCAAAUGGAUCACUAUUCAUUUCUGGGACAAGAUAAACCAACACGUGAAACAACCAUUUUAUACGUGUUAUGUUUAAAAACCGAUUCCAUGUAGUUUAUGGGCAAUUGUAAAAUAAAAUAAAAUUUAAAAAAAUGGA